UGAAGCAGACGCAUCAUUCAAAAGGUCUGAGAUUUGGUGUUGUUGGUGUCGUCGGGAGCUGUCGAAACAUCAGCGUCAGAAUGUGUUCAGGUGGCUUUGCUAGAUGUCUGGGGUUCACUCUGAUACCCUUGUGCAUUGUGUGUGUGCUCUGCAACAUCCUGCUCUUCUUUCCCGGAGGAAAGUCGGUGGACAGUAAAAACAUCACAGACCAGGUCUGGUACUUUGGAGGCAUUCUGGGAUCUGGAGUGCUGAUGUUGAGUUCGAUGCUGUUUGCAGGUAUUGGUGUUGUUGGUGCCGGUUACUCAGUUAUAGUCUCAGCGGUGGCCAUCAACCGUGGACCUAAGUGUUCCUUUUUUUUAAACAGCACCACACUCGACUGGGGCUAUCCCUUCUCCAAUGGAGACUACCUAAGCAACGCAACUUUGAGGGAUAGUGUGUGUCAAGAGCCAGCGGGCGUGGUGCCCUGGCAUCUGUCUCUCUUCUCUGUGCUGCUGGUCAUGGGUCUGAUCCAGGUGGCGCUGUGUGCUUUUCAGGUGAUAAACGGCCUGCUGGGAGCUCUGUGCGGGGACUGCUGUGGAGGGGGUGAUGAGCACUGAGCACUUCGUGUGGCUGAAGGUUGCUGACUUUCCUGUAUUUAUUCUGGUUCCAGAUGAUCCGACUCUUGCUUAAGACUAAGUAAUAUAGCAGUGAUAUUUUGUUAAAUAGCUCAUUGAUUCCGAUGUGGGAUUUAUCAGGAAACACUGGAAAUGACACGAGCUCUUUAAGAGUUUCCUAUUUCUUUUUUAAUGAACACAGAUGAGUCUGUCUUCGUAAUAUGAAAUCUGAAUCUGCUAUGCUGCAAAUAAUUUCCAACACUAGCCACUGUAGUCCCUGAUUUCCUGCUAUGUAGGUUAGUUUUGUAGAAUUAAACUUGCUUUAAUUCAAUAAGAAAAUAUAUUUUAUGUAAUAUUUUAUUUUUUUCAAUUUUCUUUCUUGUGUAGUCAAACAAAUGUAACUCCCUAAAGUUGCUUCUUUUAUAGAGAAGGAGUUUUAUCUGUUGCUUGACUGCCCCCUGCUGGGGAAGAUGUAAAUUUACCUACACCAUUAAAAAAAGAAAAAAUAA